AUGGAAGUAAGGAAUCCAGUGCAGAGCCUACUGAUGUUCCGGUUAUCAGUUCGCUUAUGCGAGAUCUAUUUGUAUAAGUGUAAGGCGCCAAAUGCAAGCUGUUUUGUUUUUAUCGUAUGGAAAAUUGGUUUUAUUCAGAACGUGAAUUUCCUGCUGUCGAAAAUCGGACUCACCAAUCCAGGCGGUUAUUUCGUGCAAGAUUUAUGGAGCGGCAGGCAUAAAGGCCUUUUUAGGCCCAACGACGAGUACUAUACGACAGUGAAUCCAACUGGUAUUGACUUCAUCAAAGCUACACUACCCGACUUAUACAGCGGAUGGUGA